AUGCGUUUUAAUUGUGUUUAUAAUUUUCAAAGAGCUUUUUAUGAAGAUCCCAAGUUUAUUGAAGAGUGGUUUCGAUUGGUAUCGAAUAUACAGGCGAAAUAUGGUAUUCAAGAUUGCGAUUUCUACAAUUUCGACGAAACCAGCUUUAUAAUGGGUAUAAUAUGCCUUGGAAUGAUUGUAACUAGUACUGAACGAAAUAGCAGAAGCAAGACAAUACAAUCAGGCAAUCGAGAGUGGGCCACAGCAAUUAUAUAUAGCAAUAAAGAGAGUGAAACUAUACCUCCAUUUCUGGUAGUUCAAGGACAAACUCAUCUUUCCAAUUGGUAUACCGAAACCAAUUUUCCUGCGGAUUAA